AUGGCCGACGGCGAGGCGCCCGACGGCAAAGCGGCCGACGGCGAGGCGGCCGACGGCGAGGCGGCCGACGGCGAGGCGGCCGACGGCGAGGCGGCCGACGGCGAGGAGGCCGACGGCGAGGCGGCCGACGGCGAGGCGGCCGACGGCGAGAUGGCCGACGGCGAGGCGCCCGACGGCAAAGCGGCCGACGGCGAGGCAGCCGACGGCAAAGCGGCCGACGGCAAGGCGGCCGACGGCCAGGCGGCCGACGGCGAGGCGGUCGACGAUGAGGCGGCCGACGGCGAGGCGGCCGACGGCGAGGCGGCUGACGGCGAGGCGGCUGACGGCGAGGCGGCCGACGGCAAAGCGACGGACGGCGAGGCGGCCGACGGCCAGGCGGCCGACGGCGAGGCGGCCGAAGGUGAGGCGGCUGACGGCGAGGCGGCCGACGGCGAGGCGGCCGACGGCAAAGCGACCGACGGCGAGGCGGCCGAAGGCGAGGCGGCCGACGGUGAGGCGGCCGGCGGCGAGCUGACCACCUUUGCCAGCUUCCCGCCAUUCGCGAAGAUUCGUCAUCGUCCUCAGCUGUCGCUGCCGCGACCGACUCCCUUAGCCUUAGAGCUGCAACGGCAGGCCUUAGCGCAGCAGCAGCAGCAGCAGCAGCAGCAGCAGCAGCAGCAGGAGCUAUUAGUCGUAGUACGAAAGGUCGGUCGCAGGAGGACGAGCAACAAGAGCAGGAGCAGGCCCCAGUUCAAGCAUUCCAACGCGAAGCCGUCGAGCAGAGGCAAGUACGGCCAAGGGACCUGCCGCUGGUCGUCAGAUUACGGGCUACAGUCGCAGCAGCAGCCGCCGCCGCCGCCGCCGCCGCCGCCGUCGCGGGCCAGCCUGGCGGCGGCGCUGGCGCACACAGGCGACGGCUCGCUCAGCUCGCAUCCUGGCUACAGCCACCACCGCCGCGUCCCGCAGCAGCAGCGGCCGGAGCAGCAGCAGCAGCAGCAGAUGUUGACUCAACAGCUAUCCGAGUCGUACGGAUCUGAAUCUGCCGUAUCCACGUUGCAAAACAUGUACGGCGGAUCUACAGGGCUGAGGCCGCAGCUGCAAGCCGGGACGUGGG